AGCUCAAUUCGACACAUUUUAAAUGGACAAUUAAAUGCCAUCUUGACUUUCCCCAGAUUUAAGUGCUGAGAAUGGGAUUGGGCAGAGGUGAGGGUAGGGAGGAUACAGAGAUUAGUUCUAUAACAGAGAGCUUUGGUCAUAAAGCUGCAAGAGCUCAACAGAUUCUCCUCUCUGUGCUGAUGGAGACCUUGGAGGGAAGUGAACUCUGCUUUCCACAACUCCUCAACACCUCCUGCAAGAAGACUGGGCGUCCUCACUUUGAGACCAUGCUGAUUUACAUUCUGCUGUACUCCAUCUCUCUGCUCACUGCAGUUCUUAACCUGCUGGUCAUCAUCUCUAUCUCCCACUUCAAGCAGCUCCACACCUCCACCAACCUCAUCCUCCUCUCUCUGGCUGUUUCAGAUUUCUUCGUGGGCCUCGUAAUGUGCUUUCAAAUAAUUCAUUUAGACGGCUGCUGGUUCUUUGGUGACCUCAUUUGUGCUCUGGAUCAGUAUCUAGCAUACAUUGUUACCUCUGCCUCAGUAGGAACCAUGGUGCUUAUAUCUGUUGACCGCUAUGUGGCUAUUUGUCAUCCUCUGCAUUACUCCACUGAAAUCACAGAAAAAAGAGUUCAAGUCUGUGUUUGUCUGUGUUGGGUGUGUUCUGUAAUCUUUCAAAGUCUGAUUCUGAAGGAUAUGCUGGAACAACCAGGCAGGUAUAACUCCUGUGUUGGAGAGUGUAUCAUUGUUGUUAACUAUAUAGCUGGAUUUGUAGAUCUUAUUUUUUCCUUUAUCGUUCCCAUUACUGUCAUUGUAGUUCUGUAUAUGAGAAUUUUUGUGGUGGCUGUGUCUCAGGCUCGUGCCAUGCGGUCACAUAUUGCAGCUGUCACACUCCAGAAAUCAGUGAAAGUAACUGCUAAAAAAUCUGAAAUUAAAGCAGCCAGGACUCUUGGUGUUGUUGUAGUUGUGUUUAUAAUAUGUCUCUGCCCUUAUUAUUGUGUUGCUCUUACAGGCCAAGAUAACUUUCUCAAUGCAUCAUCUGCAUUUUUUGUUAUAUGUUUAUUCUAUUUUAACUCCUGUCUAAACCCUGUGAUCUAUGUCCUUUUUUAUCCCUGGUUUAGAAAAUCCAUUAAGCUCAUUGUUACAUUGAAGAUACUGCAGACUGAUUCCUGUGAAGCCAACAUGUAGAGAAACUCUGCAUGGUGCCUGCAAUAAGACCCUCAGCAUGAAUAGAAAAAUUGCUUCUUCAAACUGUGAAGGUGUUCAUACCCAUAUUUAAAGAGUGUGUUACCACGUUUUGCUAUCAUUUUAUCUUCGGCUAGCUUCUCUGUCUCUCCUCUGCAGGCAGAGGGCAGGGUUCAGCUCCACACACAAGUGGACAACUCAAGUAAAGUAGAAAUUUAAUCCUGCUUUAUCCAUAGUUGUUGUUACACCCACAGCAUGCUUGUUACUCUAAUAAAGAUUAUAGCUGUAUGUAGAGUACGUGUUUAUUUUAGUUCUCUAAAUCUGAGAGGACAUGAGGAAGGUCUGAUACUGACUGAUGUUUGUGUUUGAUGUCAGUAAUAUUAUUUAUUUUACUGAAAUUUUAGAUUGUCAUUUAUACAGUGUCGUAAACGUUAUUGUUGUUGCUCAAGACAGAAUAUUUAAUUAUAUUUAAUAUAUAAAAUAUAUUCUAUUCCUGUUAAAGACAUUUUUCUUGCACAUGUCUGUAUCUAAUGUGAAAAACUACAAUCUGUGUUAUUGUAUUUACAUAUGCAGAGCACUGCAGUGUUGUGUCAAAGUAAAAAAACUGCAUCAAAAGUAGAACUCAAUUCUCUUUCAAAUAAACUGACAAUCUGCACGCAAAAAUAA